CUUUUGUGCACGAGCUCAUAAGCAUAACGUCGUUAAGUUAACCGUUUACUAGCACGUGCAGUUAAGUGUAAGCUAGCUUCAACAACAAUUUUGUAGCCCGCAGCAAUAUAUAUUAUGUUUCUACCUUAACGUUAGUGUAACUUUAAGGGAAAGUGAAGCACUAACACAAUAGUAUUACUUUUACUACAGUAGUAUGCUCUUUCUUUGAAUAGCUACUAAAAUGAUAAAGUUAAACUGUGUGAAUCUUGACAGGUUUAUGGAGGACUUUACUCAACUUGAACAGAAAAUUACAGAGGUAUCUGGCAAAAACAACGUGUUGGAGGUCAUGCUCGAAGAUGCGAAUAGACUCAUGAAAUUCUAUCUAGCCAAGGAGAAGAGUGUGGUUGAGGAGAGAGACAGUCUUCUGGUCACUGUCAACAGACUGCAGCAGACUCUUCAGGUGCAGUGCAACCUCAGAGUGGAGAAUGAGAGACUGAAGAACGACAUGGCAGACCUGAAACAACAGAACAAGAGAACAGCAGAGGCUGGAGAGGCUGAGCUUCAGCGGCUGGCCAGUGAAAUGAGAGCAGAAGCAGAGAGACACCAGAGGGAGCUAGAGACUGUCAUGCAGCAGUGCAGGAGAGAGGUGGAGGCCGCCCACAGGAAGAGCUUCCAGCAACUGGAAGCUAAAGAUGGCGAAUUGAAGGAUCUGAUGGAGAAAAAGGAUCUAGACCUGGAGGAGUUGAGGAAGAGGCUGAAGGAACAGGAGAGGGAGAGGCAGAGCGAGCUCCUUAAGUUACAGAUGGAGUUUGGUGCAAAGUUAGCCAGAGUUCAGAGUAUAGCUCAGUUGAGCCAACAGCAGCAGCAGCAGCAACACGGCUCCAGCCUUAUUCCACAGAGCGUCUUCAAGAGGAAGCUGCAGUUCUUCCAGGAGGAGAAGAACAAGGAAAUUGUUGCUCUGCGUCAGAGAAUCAAAGAGCUGGAAGAGAGCCAGCGUGCCGGCAGCUUCAGCGACAGCCGUCUAAAGAAGAGAAAGAUCUAGUUUGUUUAGAGGCCAGAAGCUGUUGACACGUCAACUCUGCAGAUGCAUGCAUCUCCAGACCACCCAGGGGGGCAGAUGUGACUAAAGUGGUUUACAAUGUUCAGAUUUGUAUUUUAGUUUCAUUUCAAAGCUGAAUUCGGAGUUGUAACUCCACUGCUUCUUGUGCAGUGUCAUACUUGACAAGAUUUGCUGUUUCAUCACCCUGCCUGCAGGUGACCAGUGAGCAGAGAGAUUUAAACCCAGAUCAUAUUGACUGUAAGGCUUUAAUCCAAUCAGACGGCGGCAUGGAAGGGCACGAGGGAGAGGUGCUUCUGAUUACAUCAGAUAGCUUGAAGUCCAAACCUAUUCAGGGAGUUUAACCUGUUCAUCUCCUUUCUUUCAAAGAUAACUUGUGUUCUUCUUAUCUUGUCAUUUUGGAAAAGCAGAGCUCUUAAACUCAACUUCCUUUCAUUUGUGUUCACGAUUUCCCAUUGUUGUUUAGGAAAGUAAAAGUCUGAAAAAGAUCUGCGUCCCUCAGUAGCCUAAGACUGUUAUGUCUACCCAAAUAAUUAACUAAGUAUCAGUUUCUUUAUAUUGAUCAACUGUGAGUGGAGUGUUCACUGAGAACAUGAG